UUUUUGGCGCAUUGGUAUCUUGGUUUCUCGGGUUUAAGCUCUGAAACCCUAGAAACCAAAACCUCGUCGUUCUUGCGAGCUGAGCUGGUGUUCGAUGGCGGACGUGAAGAUGAUGGAGGCGGGGGAGAUGCAGGGGAGCGAGACGAGUAGCGGUAACAACGUUAUGUGUCUACUCACCGAUCCCGAAGGGGAGCCCCUUGGAUCUUCGCUUUAUCUCCCUCAAAACGUUGGCCCUCCCCAGCUACAAGAAAUCGUCAACAAGCUACUCAGCAAUGAGGAAAGGCUGCCAUAUGCAUUUUAUAUUUCGGACCAGGAGCUUGUUGGACAGUUGGGGGCUUACUUGCAAAAGAACAAAGUUUCGGUGGAGAAGGUAUUGCGCAUAGUCUACCAACCUCAAGCAAUUUUCCGUAUCCGUCCUGUCAAUCGGUGCUCUGCCACCAUUGCUGGCCACACGGAAGCUGUACUUUCUGUUGUCUUUAGUCCUGAUGGCAGAAGCUUAGCAAGUGGUUCGGGUGAUACUACUGUUCGAUUGUGGGACCUCAAUACACAGACACCACUCUUCACAUGUUCUGGACAUAAAAACUGGGUGCUCUCUAUUGCAUGGUCUCCAGAUGGUAAAUAUCUCAUUAGUGGAAGCAAGGCUGGAGAACUUAUAAUUUGGGACCCACAAACUGGCAGACAGUUUGGCAGUCCACUUACAGGCCACAAAAAGUGGAUUACUGGUAUUUCGUGGGAACCUGCACACUUGCAGGCUCCAUGUCGCCGUUUUGUUAGUUCCAGUAAGGAUGGAGACGCACGUGUUUGGGAUGUUUCUUUGAGGAAGUGCGUUAUGUCUCUUACUGGACAUACCCUUGCGGUGACAUGUGUGAAAUGGGGUGGUGAUGGAAUGAUAUACACGAGCUCACAGGAUUGUACAAUCAAGGUAUGGGAAACAACUCAGGGAAAGUUGAUCCGUGAAUUAAAGGGGCAUGGACAUUGGGUUAACUCUCUUGCUUUGAGCACUGAAUAUACUCUUCGAACUGGUCCUUUUGAUCACACUGGAAAGACAUAUUCAUCCCCAGAGGAAAUGAAAGCGGCAGCUCUAGAAAGAUACGAUAAAAUGAAAGGAAAUGCUCCAGAAAGGCUGGUUUCAGGUUCUGAUGAUUUUACAAUGAUUCUGUGGGAACCUUCUGUAAGCAAGCAUCCAAAAGCCCGUUUAACUGGUCAUCAACAGCUUGUGAACCAUGUAUAUUUUUCUCCCGAUGGCCAAUGGUUGGCAAGCGCCUCAUUUGACAAAUCUGUCAAAUUGUGGAAUGGUAUUACAGGAAAAUUUGUUGCGUCCUUUAGGGGCCACGUUGGGCCUGUUUACCAAAUCAGCUGGUCUGCUGAUAGUAGGCUUCUUUUAAGUGGAAGCAAGGAUUCAACAUUAAAGGUUUGGGAUAUUCGAACGCACAGGCUAAAACAAGAUCUACCCGGCCAUGCAGAUGAGGUUUUCGCUGUAGAUUGGAGCCCGGAUGGUGAAAAGGUUGCUUCUGGUGGGAAGGAUAGAGUACUUAAAUUAUGGAUGAAUUAGUCUGGCACCGUUUUGCAGGCAGGUGUCUCAUUUUUGUAGUUAAAGUGGUAUUUUUUUUUUUUCAUUUAAAGUUGAAAACCAAAACAAAGAUUCAUACUAUAUUUUCCAACAUGUGAGAUGAGGUACCGACAGUUUGUGUGAACUGUAGCCUUGUAAUGUAUUUAUACUGAUUUUAAGAUAUACGUAAUUCUUGAAAGUAUCAAUAUAAUUGCAACAAA